GAGACAGCACUUCACUUGGCGGCGAGGACUGGCCAUUAUAACAUUGCGGAAUUGCUGGUAAAAGAAGGGGCCAACCUUGAGGCCAGAGAUAAUGAUGGGUGGGUCCCGUUAUAUGGCGCUGCCAUUGAAGGACACACCCAUAUUGUGGAGCUUCUACUUGCCCAUGGUGCCGAC